AUUUGCAAUAAAAGGAUUUUUAUGAGAGGAAGAAGAGCUCGCAUGAAGUUUAGGAGCAUAAACAAUCUCUACACUACGUGGAGCAGCCAAUUGUGAACAGAGCCACACCUUUAAAUUGUGGGGAAAGCCACCGCCAUUGUUACAGACCACUCUUCAGCUUCAGAAAUCUUGAAUCCCUGCCGCCAUGUCAGAGAUGCUGCAGCCAAAGAAUCCAUCCAAGUUUGAUUCGGUAGCUCUUGUGAUCUGCUUCCUACCAUGCCUGUUCCUCGCUUUCGGAAGAUCCGGAGCUCAAGCUACUACUCCUCUAUCUGAAGUGGCGGCACUGAACGCGAUCCUGGGGCGGUGGGGGAGGACGGCUUCGGCGACGUCGUCGCCGGCGUGGAACAUCAGUGGCGAGCCCUGCAGCGGCGCCGCCACCGACUCCACCAAUUUCGACAGCACCGCCUUCAAUCCUGCCAUCAAAUGCGAUUGCUCCUACGACAACGCCACAACCUGCCACAUCACUCAAUUGAAAGUGGACGCACUAGAUGUGGUGGGCAGAAUCCCGGACGAGCUGCAAAAUUUGACGUACCUUACCAACUUGCAUUUGGUUCGAAACUAUUUGACGGGUCCCUUGCCUGCAUUCAUUGGGACCUUGACCGGCCUUCAAUACUUGUCAGUGGGUACUAAUGCACUUUCAGGAGGCAUACCAAAGGAACUCGGCAAGCUCACCAACCUUCUCUCCCUGAGUAUUGCUACAAAUAACUUCAGUGGCCCGCUCCCUCUUGAGCUUGGCAACCUGACUAAAUUGCAGCAAUUGUAUGUGAGUAGCUGUGGGGCAAGUGGUGAGUUCCCAUCAACCAUAUCAGGACUCCAAAAUUUGAAGACCUUGUGGCUAAGUAACAAUAAUUUCACUGGAAAAAUACCAGACUUCAGCAGGACUAAUAUAACCGUAUUGAGAAUGCAAGGAAACUCUUUCGAAGGGCCAAUCCCAUCAGGUCUUUCCAGGAUGACCAAUAUCAUAGACUUAAGGAUAAGUGACAUACAAAAGGGGAGCUCAUCGUUAGCUUUUAUUAGUAAUCUGACAUCAUUAAGCACCUUGAUCUUAAGGAAUUGCAAGAUAUCAGAUAUUAUUCCCUCAAACUUUUCACAAUACACCAGUUUUCAGAAACUGGAUUUGAGCUUCGACAAUCUUACAGGACAACUUCCUCAGUCUCUCUUCAAUUUGAACUUGCUUAGUCACUUAUUCCUUGGAAAUAAUAAUCUAUCUGGUAGCUUGCCCGCUAACAAGAGCGUGACACUUCUUAACAUAGAUCUAUCUUAUAAUCAACUGGCAGGAAGUUUUCCUUCUUGGGCUAGCCAACAAAAUCUGAAACUGAACUUGGUGGCCAACAACUUCAUAAUUGGAAGUUCUAACAGUAGUGUUUUGCCUUCAGGAUUGAAUUGUCUCCAACGAGAUAUACCGUGCAAUCGUGGGGCACCAAUUUAUUCUUCAUUUGCAAUAAAGUGUGGUAGUAAUAAAACUAUAACAGCUUCCGAUGGAACUUUGUAUGAAAUUGACAACCAGAUUCUAACUACUGCUUCUUAUUAUGUGACUGAGACAAACAAGUGGGCAGUUAGUACUGUUGGAAGCUUUUCAGAUGCCUCAAAUGCUGACUAUAUUCUAUACAGUUUAUCCCAAUUCACAAAUACUCUAGAAUCAGAGUUAUAUCAGACUGCAAGGAUAUCUCCCUCAUCACUGAGAUACUAUGGGCUCGGGCUUCAGAAUGGAAAUUAUACUGUUAAGUUGCAUUUUGCUGAGACACAGAUACUUGAUCCACCUACUUGGAAAAGUAAUGGAAGAAGAAUUUUUGAUAUUUAUAUUCAGGGAAAUCUUAGAGAGAAGGAUUUUGAUAUAAGAAAGGAAGCCGGAGAGAAAUCCCUUGCAGCUGUCAUCAAGGAGUAUGUAGCUCCAGUAACAGACAACUUCCUUGAAAUUCAUUUCUUUUGGGCUGGAAAGGGUACUUGCUGUGUGCCUACUCAAGGUUAUUAUGGAGGAUCCGUUUCAGCCAUUAGUGUAUAUCCUUAUGAUUUCACUCCAACUGUUAGUAAUAAGCCACCAUCUACUACGUCAACAAGUAAGAAGAAGACAAGUAUUAUUGCAGGCACAACAGCUGGUGUUGUAGCUUUAGGUCUACUCUUAAUAUUUGGGAUUUUGAUAUAUUGGCACAAGAAAAGACUCAACAAGGAGGAGGAUGAUGAAUUGAUAGAAAUGAUUGCUAGGCCAGACACUUUCACGUACUCUGAACUGAAAACUGCGACUGAAGACUUUAACUCUGCCAAUAAGCUAGGCGAGGGAGGAUUUGGUCCUGUAUAUAUGGGUAAACUUUUUGAUGGAAGGACUGUGGCCGUGAAGCAACUUUCAGCAGCAUCCAAUCAGGGAAAGCGUCAGUUCAUGACAGAAAUUGCAAUUAUAUCUGCUGUUCAGCAUAGAAAUCUGGUGAAACUAUAUGGUUGUUGUGUUGAGGGAGGCAAGCGACUUGUGGUCUACGAGUACCUGGAAAACAAGAGCCUAGAUCAGGCAAUCUUUGGUAAGAACAAUUUGCACCUUGAUUGGCCCAUUCGCUUUGAGAUAUGUUUGGGGAUUGCAAGAGCUCUAGCGUAUCUUCAUGAGGAAUCAAGAGUGCGAAUCGUACACAGAGAUGUCAAAGCUAGCAACAUUCUCCUUGAUGCCAAUUUAAACCCUAAAAUAUCAGAUUUCGGGCUGGCGAAGCUUUAUGAUGAUAAUAAAACACACAUCAGCACUAGAGUUGCUGGUACAAUAGGAUAUCUUGCACCGGAAUAUGCCAUGAGAGGGCAUCUCACAGAAAAAGCUGAUGUUUUUGCAUUUGGAGUUGUAGCUCUGGAGGUUCUUUCUGGAAGGUCCAAUGCAGAUCAGACCCUUAAAAAUGAGAAAGUUUAUCUUCUUGAAUGGGCCUGGAAUCUACGCGAGAAACAGUGUGAACUGGAAUUGGUGGACCCAAAAUUAUUAACAUUUGAUGAAGCACAAGCAAUCCGCGUUAUCAAUGUAGCUUUGUUGUGCACCCAAGCCUCACCAAUGUUACGCCCAUCGAUGUCGAGAAUUGUGGCCAUGUUAACAGGGGAUAUUGAGGUAAGUGAAGUGAAGUCAAGACCUGGUUACCUGACGGAUUGGCAAUACAACGACUUGAGCAGCAACUUCGCCAGUUGUGGACUUUCUGAACCCGUCAUCUCAGGAUCUCAGAAUGAGAGGUUCAGCACAGUAUCAAGCACAAGCAUGGUGCAUAACAUAGGAAGCUCAGCUUCACCCACACUACCGAUGCUAGAAGUUAUUGGUGAUGGAAGGUAGCCAUUGCUUCACAUCACUUUUCACUUUGCUGCCUAAUUGCUACGGGCAAUUUAGACCUUCUCAACAGUUAAAGCACGAGGCAUUAUGCAAGCAACAAGAGUUUGCCAUUUUGAAUUGAUUCAACACCAUGCUGUAUCUCUGGUAUGAAAAAUGGUUUUGUGAUUAAGGGAAUUUUGAAGGUGUGAAUAUUUGGUCCUAUAGAUGAUCAGUGAGAUUGAAAAUGUUCUAAAUUUGAAACUUAGCACUCUUCUGCUUUGCAAGAAUAAAUAAAAUGUGUUUAUGGUUGUUUGUAUAA